UACCUACGCACCUUCUUCGCUGCGCACGUCAGUACAAUGGGAAGAUAGCAGCUUAUUGCUUGAAGCACCUGAAUAAAAGUGUUGCCGUAACAUGGAUAACCUAGGUGGUGAUGGCGGAGGUGCCCCUCCACCAUUGCCUCCACGGCCGUCGGGGAGGUUCCAGGCCCGUCCUUUCUACUCCGGAAACUCAUAUUCCUAUGGUGGGAUGUAUGGCAUGAACUCAGGCCCGGGGGGUUAUGGAGCUGGCUAUGGCUACAAUUCUAUACCCCCAUACGGUGGUUAUGGUUACAACCAACGUGACUUUGAAGGCGAUACACCCGAGUUUGUACAAUUCGCAGAGGAGAAUACUCGUCCCGCAUUCGAAACCAUCCAAUCGAUCGUGCAGAGUUUCAGUUCCAUCAGCAUGAUGUUUGAAUCCACCUACCACGCUUUGUACUCAUCAUUCAGAGCGAUUCUGGGAGUGAUAGAACAAUUCUCCAAGAUGAAGCUGAAGCUCUCGGAGAUUUUGUCUUCGUUGGCCUUAAUUCGAUUCUUAAGGAAGAUGUAUAUGAGACUCUUCACGAAUUCUGCCAGCGGCCACUCUGACCUUGGACUGGAUUUGGAAUGGGGCGAAGCCGGAUGCACUUCGUCUCCGUCAGGUCCAGACAAGCCCAGGAAUUGGCCAGUUAUGCUUUAUUUAGGCUUGGUUUUAGCCUCGCCAUAUUUCAUUUGGAAGAUGCUUAAGAAUCAAGAGAAACAAACGAAGCCCGAAUCAUCUCCACCUUGGAGCCAAGGCGUGGGCGAGCACUACUUGGCGAAGGCCCAAUACGCUUACAUCGCCCAAAACAGCAAUGACUUGACUAUUACCAAGGAAGAGGAAAUCAGAAUCGCUCCUAAAGGGGCUCAAUCCACGGUUCGAGGCUGGCUUCUGGCCGCUAACAAGAGCGGGCAAGUAGGACUUGUGCCCGCCAAUUAUGUCAAGGUCAUUGGCAAGAGAUUAGCCGCCGAAUCCAAUCCCGAUAUCAUUCGGCAUUCCCCUCCUAGUCCCAUGGGCGAGUCGGAUUUUGACCGACUAUUCCCUCAAGGUCCGAGCUCGUAAUCUAAUAAUUAAUAUUUGAAAUAUACGACCCCUCUCGUUGCAUUAGUUCACGGGACUCUGCAAAA